CGUUCCGCGGCAGAAGCUGCUGGAGGACUCGGCCGUCGUCAUGGUCGAAGACGUGCUGAUGCACCUGCCGCGGUCGCGGCUCGUCCAGAUGUCGGAGUACUUUGCGAAGCACCUCCUCGCGCGCGACGGCGACGCAGACGAGCCGGCCCCGGCGGCCCUGGACCAGUGCGCGGUCGCCAGAGUGACGGGCGUGUGCGCCGAGGACUUUGAGGCGCUGCUCGGCGUGUGCGACGACCCGAGCAUCUUCAUCCAGCGGCAGCCGCCGUUCAAGACCCUGAUCGCCGUCUUCUGCGCCGCGCGCACGCUCAGCUUCCGCCAGAUUGACGCCCUGGCGACCUCGCGGCUCGAGAGCCUCUGGCCGAGCGACCUCCACAAGCUCUCGCCCGUGCGCACGCCCCACGCAGCCGAGACCGUCGUCCUCUCGCGCAUGUACAGCCUGCCGGCCGUGCGCAAGCGCGCGUUCUACGAGCUCCUCCGUUCCGAGGGCUUUGCGCAGCGCGGCGUCGACGACAACGGCGGCGGCGGCAGUGGUGGCAGCGGCGCGCUGCCCGACGGCACGCUGCUCGACGGCAGCCGGCUCCUCGGCCGCGCAAAGCUCAGCCACGCCGACAUGGUCCGCCUCGUCACCACGCGCGAGAAGCUGCAGAUGGCCUGGACACUCCUCGUCGGCACCGCCCCGUCGCCCGCCGCGUUCCCCUGCAUGCUCCAGCAGACGACGUCCGCCAACACCGCCUACAGCACCCACGCCGCGCGCAAACGCUGCUCCGACGCGUGCCGGAGCUCGGCCCAGAUAUGGGCAGAGUGGGUCCUCGACUCGGGCUUGUUUGAGAACUGGAUGUAUGACCCCGUGUGCGGCCUGGAGCGGCUCUCGGUCCUGGACUGGGAGCACUCGGGGUUCUGCAGCGCGUGUGUCAUGACGAGGAGGCAGCUGUGGGCGCGCAAGAGAGAAGAGAUAUGGGAUAAUUUGGAUACCUGGCUUGGCCUUUAGUGGUUCGUUCAGGUCGAGAUCGACAUGUCUGUUUUCUUUCUGUUGAAGGUUGCUGUGCACCAGCAUGUUACAUAAAUAAUAGCCAAGACGAGAAGUAGUAUAGAUAUCGGUUGGCUGGUGUUAAUGACCGGUCGUCUACUCUACAAUGCAUCAUCGUCAUAUUUC